AUGAUCGAGACAUUGGUGUUCAGUACCAAGUUUCACGGCUACCCAAACUUCCGGAUGAAAAAAUUCCAAUGCUACGACGAGGCUCAGGACUUCAUCGACUAUUUCAACGAGGACUGCGAGUCCGUGGAAGACGAGCAAAAUCCGGUAUGGUACUACGCAGUCGUCGUUGGUCGUUGCACUGGGAUAUAUACAGACGUCGAUCAAGCGCUGGCUGAGACCCAUGGAUACUCCAACGCCAAGAUGACAAAGUUCCUCACCUUCGAUGCAGCACAUAAUUUCCUCGGGAAGUGGGAGCUGGUUGUCCAGGAUGGCCACGAAUACAGCGACGGAUCUCGAUUCUGGCUCGCUUUCGACGUUAACGGACGGUAUCCGGACUGUCAGGACCCCAAACAUCCGGACUCGAUGGUGGCGUUCUGUGACGGGAGCGCUCUACGAAAUGGUCAACGUGACUGCGAUGCGGCAUACGCUCGUGUCUUUCCCCAUGACCAAGCAUCGAACGUUGUUAGAACGCUCAAUGGCCCGUGGGCGACAAAUAACCGCGCUGAGUACAUGGCUGCACUUGCAGCGUUGCAGUGGGCGCGCGAUGAAGAUCCCAGCAUGCUGAUAAAUUCCAUGACGAAUUGGAUCUACAAGUGGCAAAACAAUGGGUGGACCACUCAAAACGGCACGGAAGUCAAGAACCGCGAUAUCUUGGGGCAGCUGCUGGACGAACAAGGCAAUCGUGAAGUCAUUUGGCGCCACGUGCGAGCUCACACCGGGAAUAAAGACUGGGAAUCGUAUUGGAAUGAUAUUGCGGACACGAAAGCGCGCCAAGCUGCGGAGAAGCUGGCCAAUGGCUACUACUGA